AUGAAUUCAAGGCCUAUCAUCGAAAGUCUAACGUCACUGGCCCUAGAGAAUACAGAAGCUGCCACAGAUAUCGCCAAAGCCGUCGAGAAACGGAUCAACAAGGCUAUUCCCUCUCAAAAACUCUACGCUUUUUACUUACUGGACUCCAUAUGCAAGAAUGUGGGAGUCCCGUACCCGUCUUUGUUUGGUGCAAAUAUAUUCAAGCUAUUUAGCCAGGCUUAUUCCCUUGUGGACGAUCCCACCCGAGUCAAGUUGAUCAAACUUUUCCGCACUUGGAAGAUUCCAAAUGCCGUCACAGGACUUUCCUUAUUUGAUGAGGAUCAAAUAGAACUCAUUGACAAAUUUCUUAUUCGUGCUACCGCUGCAAAUAGACCCCCUGAGCAACAGAGGCAGAUCGAUUUGUCGAAUAGUAAGGCUACAAAGAGUAGUUUACUGCGUGAAAUCGACGACCUCACCAAUUUGGUCAAUUCAAGGAUUCUUCAGAUGCCUGAUGAUUCAAAGGGAAGAGAAAGAUUCCAGCUUUUACAAAAACUACGCACCAUUCUCAGCCAACCAUCGUCUAUUCCUCAACAACAGCUUGAUUUCACCAAGAAACAACUUCAAUCCAUUAGGGAAGAUGAGUUGUUGAGGCUUAAUGCAUUUAAACAGCAACAACAACCAGCCUCAAAACAGAUGCCACAGCUCUCAGUGAACCAGCUUCAAGGACUUUUGAAUUUACCAAGCGGCAACAACAAUAACUUUCCUUCAUAUCAGGCGCCAUUUGGAAAACCACAACAGCAACCUCCAAACCAACUUAACAAUGCCAAUGCUCAGGCUUUGUUCAGUAUGAUGAGUUCGAUUCUUAACCAGGACCAGAAACGGCAGCAGCAGCAGCCGCAAUUCCAAGUCAAUAACGGAGAAUUUAAUGCUAAGAGUAGUAAGAGCAGUAGCAAAGACCCCUCGGAUAACAGUAACGAGAGCUCUCUCGGAUUAACGAACUUGGAAUUUUUAAAAGAUAUUCUCCGAAAGUCCAAAGCGGGUGUAAAAGUGCCACCUAUGAAAGGAAAUGCAGGCAUUAUAAGGGUCAAUGAGAAAGACCCGGUGCAUGUCAAGAAGAAUGAGACACCAGAGGUGAUUCUCACGAGAUUCGAAUUGAACCAGAACUUUAUAAAUAAUCAUGAGCCUACGGAAGAAGAGAUUGCACUUAUCUAUACGAUUAAGGAUAACCAGUGUUCUAACUGCUCGAAAAGGUUCUUCAGUACACCUGAGGAUGCCAAAAAGAAGGCUUUACACCUUGACUGGCACUUUAGAACGAACAAAAAGCUUAAGGCCAUGUCGAAGCAGAUCCAUAAUAGGUCAUGGUUUUUAUCUGACCAGCAAUGGGAACAAUUUCAGGAGGAUGAGAUUGUUGGAGGUAACGAUAACUAUGAUAUUGGCGUGGGAUUGAAUAAUCGAAUCAACGAGAAACCGGUGCUUACAGAAAAAGAGAUGAAUAAGAAGGUGGUUACAAUUCCGGAUGAUGCUGAAAAUGAAGUCAUAUGCGGAAUUUGUAGGGACAAAUUGGUGGGAGUGUUUGACGACGAUUCUGGUGAAUGGAUAUGGAGAAAUGCCAUCAAGCAGAGAGGUAGAGUGUAUCAUUACAGCUGCUGGAUCGAGACCAAAGGACAGGGCGAUAGAGAUCGUUCCCCGGAGAGAAGAUGA